CGGCAACAUUGCUCCGGCUGGCCUCAGUCGUCCGCGACAUUCUGUCGGCGAUACGAUUCGGCGUGUCGCGUCCUCCUCCAAAUCGUCUGUGUCCGGUAUAGCUACCUACCUACUACCCUCUUCGAAGGAACCGGUGGUGAAAGAGAAGAGAUUCGUGAUAUUGCGCUCGAAAAUCAACAAAAUCGGAUGGCACCCUGAAAAGACUGUUUAGGAAAUGUCAUUUUGCAAAAAGUAUCCCAAGACAAAAAUCUAGUAAAUAAAAAAAAAACCAGUUGUUGAAUUUUUUGAUGAACGAAACGAUCUGACCGGUUGACCGGGGACUCUCGGCUCACAGAGCUCAAACACGCAGACAUUUAGCGGUCUUUGAAGGAUUAAGAGGAUAAGUUCUUGUUCGAGACGAACUUGUUUGAGAAAACUUGUGGAAAGCGAAGUAACGUGAGACGAGAUUAUCACGAGUUAUCUUCGCGCACAAAUUCCGAUAUUUUCCGUGACAUUCAAGUGAUCGAAGUAAUUAGUGAUCGAUACCCGUGAUUUUGCAGCGGUCUCACAAGUCGGCGAUUGCACUGGAGCCGCGCCGAAAGAAGGGCUCGCGCUCGGGGAUUGCCCUACCGUUUCAGGUUCCGCGGUCACCACGUGGUCACUAUAACCUGCCCGCAACAUCGUCGUGAUGUGCGGUUAAAUUUAGAGAGAGAUAGAAACAAGUCUGCGGUCAGGUAAAAUUGACGGGUCCCAGAUUGAAUUAUCGCUCGCUGACCAGCAGAAACAGUCUAGUUCGGUAGAGCGCGGCGCCGCAGGUGCUGUUUCGGUUCGAUCGAUGGAAUGAUCGACGUAAUAUCGAUCAUCACGAGUGCUGUUGCUGCUACUCGACAAUCGAGCCGGCUCGAUGCGCCGUUGAGGGACACGCGACCGGUGAGACAUCGAGAGGUGAUCGACAGAUACGACCGCGCGAAAGUUGUAGUCACGUGGCUAGUGAUGAUGUAAGGUGACCUGAAAAAACGGUGUUGCGGAGACGAAAUGACGUGCGACAGGAGGCUGCUGCUGUUACUGGGCCUGCUGAUGGCUUGUGGCCUCUUCGUAGUCGAAUGCCGGUAUCAUCAACGCGAGGAUGCAACGACGACGGAGGAGAGACAUCGACACAGGCACAGGCAUGAGUCCUCGAACCGAAGGGGCCAUCACGAGCUCGACAGAAGAACUUGGCAGGAAGCGGACUACGAAUACGAUGACGACUCCGAGGACCCGAUCAACGAGGACGAUUAUGAGGCGCGAUCGUAUUACGAUCAUCCUAGGUCGCAUCAUCGAUCUGCGCAGAAGAGUUAUCACAGCCGAAUGUUCGAAUCGCACUAUCCGUCUAGGUACUACGACAGACAUCACGCCGCAAGCGGCUGGCACGAUGAAAGUAACGACAGGCGUAGGAUCCCAUCGUGGUACAAUAUGAAGAAUCAUCGAUAUAAACCCGGCAGAAGUUACCACAGGGUCGCAUAUUCGCGCAAUCGUGACAUGUCAGACUUCGACGACGACACGGAGGAAGAUUAUGAUUACGAGAGACCGCAUAGGUACGGAAAGAGCGGCGGAGCGGAUAAACAUCGUGAACGAUGGAGAAAUUCUAGGCGACACACGUCCUUCAGGAGAGACUGGAAAAACAAGAUGAACGGUUAUCACGGCGCGAGAAGACAUCGCUUAGAAGAUCGCGAAGGCGUCAUCGAUCAUGGCGAUGUAACGAGAUGGACGGACGACUGGAAGAAAAGAUCGAACUCCUCGGACUCAAAAUAUAAUUUGCCAAAGGAAAAGGACAACCGAAAGGCGGAGGAGGACGAGGAUUACGAGGAUCAUGGCGGCCUCGAGGAGGACGACAAAGAUGAGGACGAGGACGAUGUCUGGAAGGACAUCGAUGACGACGGCAAUGAGGACAACGAGGAGGAAGAAUUUGAUAACGAUUUUCACAAAAGUGAGACUAAGCCAUCCUUAAAAACCUAUGACGAUAUCAUUAGAAGACUCACGUCUAACGAUCCGACCACUCCGAAGAGUACUGUCAAGAGAGAUUAUCGGAAUAUUGAAUCGAAUAAGCACGUGAAGCGCGACGGUUACAAGAAUCUCAAGUACGAGUCGAAAAACGUCUCUAGACCGGUGGACCUUCUUACGAGCACGCCUCAUUCGGUUAAUACCACGUCCAAUUAUUUCAUAAAUACUGCGGAGAACUCGACCAUCAAAUCCACUGCACAUAAGCCUUCGAAGAACACGGUCGACGGAUCGGUGGUCAAGGGCCACGAUCGGCAGGAGGGAAAAACCGUCGAUGCCCAGGCUAAGACUAAAAGCCUCGAGCAGGAUUACGACGAGUACCUGAACAGCCCGGAUAACGAAAAGGAGGACGAUCUCGUCAAAGCUGGAAUCGAGGACGAUUCGACUAUGCAAGCGGAUGUCACUAAUACGGAUUACAACGACGACGACAAUGGCGAUGAGGACGAGGUCGAUACCUUCAUCACGUCGACUACUACACCUACGACGACAACCACAACGACGACGACGACGACGACGACGACAACGACGCCGAAGCCGUCGCUCAAUCAGAACUACGAUUACAAGGACCUGAGAGCCUACGACGGCGGUACUACCGGGGCUCAGUAUAAUGGAUAUCAAGCGAAAAACGACUAUCCGCCAAUGUCUGCCCACAGCGUUCACAAGUGGCAGUCGCUCGGCACUCGCGAGGGCGUCAAAGAGACCAGGAGCAAUAUGCAGCAGUACAACAAAAACGGAAAGAGUGCUGAAAUCCGAGAGGCGCUUCAGCACGCAAUUAAAGUCAACAAGGAAGGCAGCUGCCAGUGGCCACGUGCGAGAGUCAUUCCGGUUCGUGACGUCUAUCCGAGCCCAUCGACCACCUACAUUCCACACUGCGCCAUAUUGCACAGGUGCUCGGACGACACCGGAUGCUGUAGAUCGGAAGCGCUCACUUGUGUGCCGAAGAACACUCAUCGCGUCGAGCUCUCCUUCUACACCACGAGCGUGGGCGGUGCCAGCGUAGUGGAGAAGCUAUCGUUCUACAAUCACACGGAAUGCGAAUGCAGGGAGAGGUCCGAAUACGACACGGUGAACGACAGACCCGCGGACCAUAGAGUCUCCCGGCACCAUCAGUCCUCCUCGCCCCCUCAAAACAUGAAAAAACCACCGAGAAAACCAUGCCGUUGCCCAUCGGAAUUUACACCGAGGAUCACGCUGGAAGGCGUAUGUCAGUGUAACUGCUACGAGAGCAACGAAAAUUGCAUAAAGACCAGACGCGGAAAGGGAUACUUCUCCCUCGCGGACAGAAUAUGCAUUCAGAAUAGUGAGUGCGCGAUGCCCAACUGCGAAUUCGGCGAGUACAUAAAGUGGCAAGGCAGGUGCCCGCGGAAGAGGGACACUUUCGACGCGAUGGCGACGAACUACCGCACGAAUCUGAAUCAUCGAUUCAGGAGCUAGACGGCAGACGCGACAGCAACGAGGACGAGGAUGACGAUCGCGAAUGGAAUGCGAUCCUGUAACAGUGCCAAUGAGUAAAAAGAUGGAGCUAGCACGCGACGAAGGGGCACGAAGGGAAAACUGACGGUGCCAUUUUUCAUUUUCUUUUCUUUUUUUUUUUAAGUACUUUCAUCAGAGAGAAAGAGAGACUCGCGACUUAAUAUUGUACAUGUACGCGCGCGUAUGUUGUGUAUAAAAAAUGUACGUCGUUAUCUAGGGACGCGUGUGUAUCGUCGUCGCUUCCUUCCCUUUUCCUUCUUGCCGCCAAGGAUCGGCGAGGAUACGAAGUGAUAACACGGUCGUCGACUUUUCGGUACCGGUGAUCGUCUCGCGGGGACACUAAAGAAAAAGUAAGAAAAUAGUAUUUCGACGUUCAACUGAUAAAAGUGUAAUUUUAUGGCGCUCACAACGGUUUCUUGUACCGCAUAAGAGAGCCGUAGGUUGUCGUUGAUAUUCAGUUAUAAGAUUUUGAGUCGUUAAGAUAAGAGGAUAACAUUCUACAUGAUUAAAGGCGAUUGCUCUAGGAUAUAAAACGAUACAUAUAUAUAUAAACAAUUGCACUAUAGAAUUACCAGUGACGAGAUGAAGCGCUUUUAGUAAUAAUUUUCGUCGUGGAGGAAAAAUGACUGUCUUUCGAGGCGGGAAUGUGUGUGUCUCGCCGGACGAGCGGGAGGAGGAAAUCGCACGGCGAGCCGCGCCGAAAUUACACGUAAAUCUGAGAGGGUGCGAUAAUGUCUCUUAAGUUAAUGGUAAUUUUACGUGAUAAGCGAUAAGACCUCCGGUUAUCAUAGUGUUUACGCUGAGAAGACCUCGGACGCGAGCCUAGUCUGGGAUCCUGAUUUCCGUUCUGCGCGGGAGAAUUUCUCGGCUCGUUGAGUCGCACGCGAUGCCCUUCAAUUCCCACCCUUUCGUCAAUUAGACACGAAACUUAAUUACGUGACCCAUUAUAUGCUCAUUACGACAGCUUUGCCCGAAACUGUGUUUACGAUAUUGCGACGCGCGACAAACAACAAGUGGGAGAUACCAAAGUACGAGCGAUCGCGCAGAAUCGAAACAGAUCGUUAACGUAGCCACAUUUUGUAUGUUACACGACUACAGAAUAUUUCUAUCGUAUUUAAUCGAGCAUUGAUGUACGCCCCCCACGUUCGUUAAUUUAAUAUUUAAUCGAUAUAGGCAGAGAGAGAGAGAGAGAGAGAGAGAAAGAGAAAGAAGGAGAGAAAAAGAGAGAGGAGGAGGGGAAUGGGCGCGCUCAGUUUUUUGCAUCUCUAUACACUAGAGGAAAAAAUUCAGUUUGCCCUCGGCAAAAGCUGUUUAAUUGAGGAUUUUUAACAGGAAGCAAAUAUUCUGUUUUAUAUGACAAAAAAUUUAGUCACUGAUAAAAAUGCUUCAGCUAAACAGCUGGAAGCACUGAAAAAUUUUCUCCCCCCUGGUGCACGCAGAUGAUGUAACACGAGAGCGAGCGAGCCCGUCCUAACACCGCGAACGGCGUAGCCCUGAUGUAUUUUCUAUGUUAUUAAUAAAACAGUAAAAUCACAAAGAACCACGGUAGAACCAAUUGUAUGUGUCGAAACGUAAAUACGUGGAUUAUACGCGACCGACUCCGAGAAGAUAGCCGUUGUAUUGUCAAUGUUGCCGCUUCUUUACUACGUGACUAUAAUAUAAUCUGAGAAUAUAUAAAAUAUGAUACUGUGUACAACCUCA